AGUUUUUAUUGAUGAGGGUUGACUUCACUCAGUAGAGGCUGAUAAAACGCACGUCACAUUACGGCCAUGCUGCAGCUGCGCGUUUUUAACAGACUUCUCCAACACUUUUAUUGGAGGACUCAAGAAUCCACAAAAGGUCUGUUACCUGGUUUUCCUUCUCAGCUGUGGGGUGGAUACAGAUCUACCUGGCGAAGAAACAAAUCAAGUCUUCCAGAUGUGAGGGAGAGGACUCUCAUAGCCGUGAAACCAGAUGGAGUUCAACGCCGUCUCGUCGGGCAAAUAAUUCACCGGUUUGAGCAGCGGGGAUUCAAGCUGGUUGGCCUGAAGAUGGUGCAGGUGUCUGAGGAUCUCCUGUCUCAGCACUACCGUGAGCUGAGAGCUAAGCCCUUCUAUCCUAGUCUGCACCAUUACAUGACCUCAGGGCCUGUGGUGGUCAUGGUAUGGGAGGGGCCCAAUGUAGUCCAGACAUCACGUAAAAUGGUAGGACACACUAACCCAACUGAAGCCCAGGCGGGCACAGUCAGAGGAGAUUUCAGCGUCCAUGUCAGCAGGAACGUUGUCCAUGCCAGUGAUUCACUGGAGGGUGCUCAACGGGAGAUCCAGCUGUGGUUUCAGGGAAAGGAUCUCCUGAACUGGGAAUGCUGCAACCAGGGCAACAUGAUGGAGGACUGAAGAUGCUUGACAGUUCAAGGCAGUGAGAAUCAGUAAUAACUACCUCUUCUCCUGCUGCCUAAUGACAGUGCCACCACAGUUUCUCUCUCUAAGUAAUUUACCUCAUUAAGUGCACUAAGAAUCAAAAGAUUUUUGCUAAAGCAAAUGUGAGAUUUUAGAAUACCAACUACGCAUAUGUACAUAUAAUACAGUAGGCAUCUUAGUCUUAGCAUUGGAUUAUUAUUGCUAUACACCA